CUUUUUAUUGAUGGUUCACAUUCCAUCGUAAGGACAGGCAUUGCUAUCAUUUUAAUGCUCGUGGAAAGUCGCUGUGUACCAUAGCAUGUUUUAUUUAUGCAUUCCUUGGUUAUUUGGAUAUUCAGGAUGUUUUAUUUUUUCCCGAUGAUAGAUGCCAUCACAGCAAACAUCUUUAUACAUAAAUCAUGGCCAUCGAUUCCUGGGAGGGAAUUACAAAGUUGUAUGUUCUAACUAUUAUCAAAGCUGACGAUACAUUUUUCAGUUACGAAGCUUCUCCUUGCAUGUCUUUAUGUGGCUCGUAACAAGCUUGGCUCACGACCCCACCGGUGUUUGUGACCUCCCUCCACUUUUUGACGUUGUCUCUGUAGAACGGACUGGAAGACUCUGUGUCGGCCGUGAGCCUCUGACAUCCGAAGUCAUGGAGACCCACCAGGACACUUCCCUCUUCUUGAUGAACAUCUUGGAGGAGCUGGGCAGCAAGCAAAGCGCCGUGUCCUACCAGGAUCUGUGCAAGUCCCUGUGCGCCCGCCUUGACCUGCCGCGGCUCGCCGAGCUGAGAAGCGCGCUCUUCGACACGGCUUGUCUCGACCCCCACUUCCCAGCCACGCUCUUCAAAGACAAGAUGAGAUGCACCGGGAACAACCAGCAGUCCAAGAAGAUCAUGGUGGCCGCGGACAUCGUGACGAUAUUCAACCUGCUCCAAAUGAGCGGGGGCGCCGCCAAGCAGAAGCUGCCCAGCGGCCGGCAGAAGGUGCGCAAGAAGGAGGCGUCCUUCGAGUCGUGCCGGUCGGACACGGAGGUCUGCGCUGCCGCUGCGUGCGAGCCGCUGAACCGUGAGCUGAGCGAGAGGCCCUUCCACCGGGGCUACCCCACCCGGCAGUCCUCCCAGGGCCGGAAGGCGGGCCGCAAGGACUGCCCGCAGUUCGUGCCCGCCUCUGAGCCCAACUUCCUGCUGGGGGUCAGCAAAGAGCUGAAGAGCAGAGCCGCCUCCCUGGACCGGCUGCAGGCCCUGGCCCCCUACUCCGUUGCCAGCCCCCAGCCCUGCGAGAUGCAGAGAACCUACUUCCCCAUGAACAUCGAGAACGAGUCCAUCUCGGAUCAGGACCCCCUGCCCAUCAGCCAGGGCAUCAAGGAGACCUUCGUUUCCAGUGAGGAGCCGUUUGUGGUCCAGUCCUGUGUCCAGAAAAGGAACAUCUUUAAAGAGGAUUUCCACAAUCUGAUGGCCGUGUCCCCCACAUUGGUUGGCCCCACAAACAAGGCAGAGGCCGAGCGUGGGGAGCCCCAGGGUCAGAAGGAGCCCCACAAGACUCCCUUCUUCAAUCACAGCUUUGAGAUGCCCUACAACAGCCAGUACCUGAAUCCUGUGUAUUCCCCUGUGCCCGACAAAAGGCGGGCAAAGCAUGAAAGCUUGGACGACCUUCAAGCCUCCACGUAUUUUGGACCCACGCCGGUAAUGGGGACGCAGGACACCAGGCGCUGUCCGGGGAGGCCGGGCAAGCAGAACCCCUGGCCGGCCAAAAGCUGGAGCCUGAACACUGAAGAAGUCCCUGACUUCGAACGGUCCUUUUUUAAUAGAAAUCCCUCCGAGGAGAAGCUGCGGUACCCAAAUUCCAGCAGCCCGAGCCCCAACUUCCCAACCCCAGACAGGCGCCCCACUUACCUCACACCGAAGGACCAACAGCCGAUCCUUCCCGUUGGCUACUCCGCAAAACCAAACGGGCUCAAGCCUAAAGAGCUCUCAUCCCCUGUUGACCUGGAGAAGCGUGAGCCGGUCAAAAAGUUCAAAGACAAGAGCAUCAGCUGCACCAGUGGGCAGCUCAGCUCGGACACCAGCAGCGUGGGCACCCAGACGGAGCAGCACGCACCAGAGCCCAAGAAGGGCAAAGAUUUGUGCGCCUCGGGGCAGACCAAGUACGGUGACAGGCACGCCAUGAAGCAGUCAGAUGACGACUCGGAAAUUGUCAGCGAUGACAUCAGUGACAUCUUCCGAUUUCUUGAUGACAUGAGUAUCAGUGGCUCCACGGGGGUGAUGCAGUCCUCCUGCUACAACAGCACGGGGUCCUUGUCUCAGGUUCACAAGUCAGACGGUGACAGUUCCCCCGAGCACAACCUCACCAAAAUCGCCAACGGGCUCCCCGGCAGCAAAGGAGAAAAGGGCAACCGGCCUGAGAACAGCCACCACUCGGAAGAGGAGCUGAAGACCAGUGUGUGCAGACUGGUGUUCAGGAUCGGUGAGAUCGAACGGAAGCUCGAAUCACUGUCGGGGGUCCGCGAGGAAAUCUCCCAAGUCCUGGGCAAGCUAAAUAAGUUGGAUCAGAAGAUGCAGCAGCCCGAAAAGGUGAGCGUGCAGAUUGACCUGAAUUCCUUGACAAGCGAGGCUCCGUCCGACGAGAGUGCCUCUCCGCAGAUGUUCCGUGCGCACAACGGCCCCCGGGGACCCAAGCUGGAGAACGCAGCCGACUGGUACUGCUCGGACGCCAGCGGGAGCAACAGCGAGAGCCUUCGCGUCCAGGCCUUAAAGAAGAACCUCUUCACCAGGCCGUCCUCCAGGUCCCUGACGGAGGAGAACAGUGCCACGGAGUCCAAAAUCGCCAGCACCUCCAACUCGCCCAGAGACUGGCGCACCGUCACCUACACCAGUCGUGCGGGCCUCGGGGAGGAGGGGAGCAAGGACAGAGGCCCCGGGGAGAGUAAGGACUGGCAUCGCAAGUCCAAAGAGGCGGACAGACAGUACGACAUCCCCCCCCAGCACCGACUGCCCAAGCAGCCCAAAGACAGCUUCCUGGUGGAGCAGGUGUUCAGCCCGCACCCCUACCCCACGUCCCUCAAAGCCCACAUGAAGAACAACCCUUUGUACACGGACAUGCGGCUGACCGAGCUGGCCGAGGUGAAGCGGGGCCAGCCCUCCUGGACCAUCGAGGAGUACACGAGGAACGCGGGCGACAAGGGCAAGCUGACGGCCCUGGACCUGCAGACGCAAGAAUCUUUAAACCCAAACAACUUAGAAUACUGGAUGGAAGACAUUUAUACUCCAGGCUACGACUCCUUGCUGAAGCGUAAGGAAGCCGAGUUCAGACGGGCCAAGGUCUGCAAGAUCGCCGCCCUGAUCGCUGCCGCCGCGUGCACGGUCAUCCUCGUGAUCGUUGUGCCCAUCUGCACAAUGAAAUCAUGAGCCCGGGCCGCCCGGCGCACAGCCCAUGACGGCCGGCGCCCCGCUGUCCGGGGUGAGGUCUCGGGGCGCUGUGGCGACAGCACGCUGGAGUAGGGAUGGGGUCACGGAGGCUUUCUGCCCAUGCGAAGACGCUCUUCAGAACGUGUGCAUUCUCCAGAGAAAUCUACCCUCCUGUUGGCUUCGACUUAGUGACACUCGGAUGCAUUUGGGGAAGUGCAAUAUCUUUUCCUACCAAUAGAACGUACCAGACUACCGUUAGGCACAAAUUGAAUUCCAUGCAAAAAUAAUAAUAAUAAUAAUAAUAAUUGGAUUCUUUCCAUUUUAAUGAAGUUUCAUGGUGGGGAAUAUGUUAAACUGAAGAUAUUUGAUACCUGCCUGCUUGGGGACACGAAGGGAGAUCGCAAGACGAGACGGAAAAAAGACGAGUUCUGUUUUCCUUCACGUUCUCAGACCAUUGCAGGUGAAGUGACAGGUGUCGUGCCCUCAAAGGAUAUUACUUCUCUGUUGACUUUCAUCAAGGGCUACUGACUUCUCAUCCUUGCCCUGCCGCCAUCAUUACGACCCUCACUGCAGAUUUUCACGGAACAUUCUGGACCUUCCUCCUUGUGCGCAGGGCAGGAAGGAGCUGAACUGCCCAGUUAGGCAUGGCACGGCGUGUUCUCCCUCUGCUUACUAGGCCAAGGUACUCAGGCCAGGAGACCUUGUUGUCCCCACGCCGAGGUGAGGGGGAGAGCCGCUUGCCAGCAGUGUAAGGCCGGUCUCCGAAAAUCACGGCCGCCCGAAGGGUCUCGCAUGCUUGCGUCAGUGUGUGGUUCCACUCUCUGGCCUUCUGUCUCCUGGUGACACUGGAUACUCUGCUUCUCACCCACGAGUUGAAGAGCUUGGAACGUGUCCUGUGCCUCGAAGAGGAGAGACGAUGGCUGAACUUGACAUUCUAACUGUAAACUGUGGUUUCCGUGCGCCCCUCGUCCCGGCCGCGUCCAGGGGCUUUCACGGGAUGUGGCACAUUUGUCGAUAAUACGAGAAAGGUGCCGAGGUGCUCCUGGCCACCGCGACACCAUCUCCAGAGUUCCGAAUAUUCGUCAGCAGCGCAAAAAAAAAAAAAUUCCUCUAUUUAACCGUUUAUCUAUCUAUCGGUAUGUCUAUCUAAAUACCUAAUUUGGGGUUAUUGUCUUCUCUGUUAAAUAACUUGAGAGCAAGGUUUCUCCAGCGUACAGGAAGCUGUUGUAACUCGAUCAGACUUUGACCUCUGUUUCCACCUGUCGAAUGGUGCUUUGACACAACUGGACAGAAAGAAUCCUUUUUAGCAUUUGAUUCUGAUGUCUUAUUACAGGUCAAAGAAAAAUGAUUGACAGGUACUAGCUACCUUAAUUCUUCUGAGAACAAGGUGGGUAGCAAGACUCAUUGCUCUGGACUGUAUAAUAAAUUAAUUCCUGAAAGAGAGGUUUGGGGCAUAUCUCAGAUUUUAAAGCAAUAGGAGUCCAGCAUCCAUCCCAGAAGCCUUCGAGUAAUGCUUAGUUUGCUCUGUCUAAUCCUAUAGCUCCCCACACGGGGUAGUCAGAACAUUUCAUGCUGUGAACAAGUAAGGGACGGGUGCUUUCAUCUGUAGCGAGCCUUCAUUUUUAGGGGUCUUCAUGUUAACUGUUUCUAUUCUCCAGUUUAUGUAUCGAUGUUCAACUAGGUGACUGAAACUUAAGCCUUAGUAUGAAGAACUGAGGAUUUAUAAUUGAAAAUGAAAAAAAUAUAUAUAUUAUUGUCUAUUGUCAGAAUUUUAGUCUUUUGGUGCUCUGUUCUGGGUUGGGUACACUAAAUAAGGUUGUUUCUUUCAUCCCAAAGGAGAUGCUAGAUUUGCACCUGUAAGAGUUGGGAGUUGCCUAACCAGCUCUCCUGCCAGCCAGUAUGGCUCUGUGAUACACUGUCCCUGUUAUCAACAGAUUCAACCAGGAGAGCGUCAGAGAUAGGCAGUUCCCAAGCUCUCGCUCUAUGAUUUGCAGAGAAGUGGAGAUGCACUUACCCAGGAUAAGAAGAACUUUGUCCAAUCCCAACCACUGCUCCCCUUGCCCUCCCCUUGGUCCUCCACGGGGCGUGGACCAAACCACUAUUGCCACUGCUCUUGGGUGACCCUGUUCUAAUGGGCCCUGCUUGAGCCAUGUGUCUAGCGACCACGGGGGGAGCGUGCUUGUAAGCCCCACCCUGUGUGCAGAAGAGACGGGACUCUGUAGAAUUUUCUUCUACCCUUUUCCUAUCUGAGGAGGGAGCAGAGAAAUUUCGUCUUGCUCAGUCCAGCGUAGCUUUAGAGCUCAACUCGACAUCAUUGCCCAUGAUAAACAAACACCCAGACCUGCUGAUGCCCUGGGAAACCAGGUGGCCGCAAAGGCAAGUGGUUUCCUAUGGGAAUGGGUUAUCCCCAGCCUUAUAGGAUGGAGCGUGGUGCCAAGUUAUGGAUCCUUGCCAUGGCUUGAAGCUGAUGGAUGCUCGGCGUCUUGGGAUCUAGAGAAGGUGAAGUUCACAGUUGGGUCUUUUCUCUCCACUGACCCCAAGCUUGUGACAGCCUUCUUUCCCCAGACCCCAGACUCCUGUAUCCCUGUAUUUGCAGAACGGGGCAAGAGCAGAGUCUGGCUGGGAAGGAGACCUCUACCCAUCCCUCUCACAUUGCCUCUCAUCUCCUGCUUCUGUGAGCUCCCGGUGGGUGACGUGUGGACUGGCCAGUCUUCUGUGCUGGGCACCACCUUCUACAAUGCUCUCUGGCAUUUUCACACCAAGUACAAUUUCUUAUGCCCAGGCCUAAAAUCACACCACUGUCAAAAUUAACUUCAUUUCUCUUGCUUUUAUAAAAUGAACAAUCAGAGAAUGUUGCUUAAGGGAUGAUGCUGAAAUCUGAUAUCCUCAGCCCAUGGCUAAAUUCAGAAUCGCUCUUUUCCUCUUUCCUAGUCUGAUCUGCUUUGAACACAGCCUUGCAGAAAAGCGAAAAGGUUCCCAGCUCAGUUUUCAGAUGUGUCACACCACUAGCCCCCUCUUCAGACUGCAAAUACAGUAAGGCAAAUCCUAUUUCUGCCACCCAUUACUAGCCAAUCAUAAACUGUUAGUAUUUUAGGGCAUGCGGCCGUGUGACUGAGACCUGCAAGGCUACUUUCAUAGAUGUGCAAACUCCCCGCUCUGUGCCCCGAGUCCUGAUACCCUUAUUGGAAUCAAGCAGUGCUGUUUUUGUUUACACUUGACCAAUAUAAGAGUUAACAGCACCGCAUUCUGUUAAGUGGUAUAAAAAUUUGUGAAUGUUGAAAUUCAACAUGCUUCAUAUUAUAAUCAACCUGCAAGAAUAUUGUGGUCAGUUGUGUGAAUACCAGAUCAACAUAUACUGUAUAUUGUGCUAUGGAAAUUUGUAUUUAAAGGCAAAGAUAUUAGUAAUUGUCAGUAUAAUUGGGGGAAAGGGUAUUAGAUAUUUAUUGAUUAACAGUGAGAAAUGCAACAAACUUCCUUAUUUAUGCCUUAUGAAUAAAAGGGUGUGAAAUGUAAGGUGACGUUUUCCGUGGGAGACUCAAGGAAUGGUAUUUUUGAAGGCAGGGAUUGUCUUUUCUAUGUUUGUCCUGUAUAGCUGUCAGCACACUCUUGGUGCUUGAUCAACGUUAUAUAAAACCAAUAACUAAGCACAUUUUUAGAUCUUUUUUCAAAUGGCUUGUGUAAAAUUUGGUUAACGUACAAUGGUUGGUUUGAAGCUAUUCAUGUAAAAUCUGCCUCUCUCCAAAUAUAAUCGAAAAUAAACUGAAAAAUU